AGUAAAAUUAAUUCCCCUAAAACAAAAAAAAAAAAAUCCUUAAUCUUAUGGAAAAAAGAAGUGAUAAAAACCUAAACCUAAAAACGCACCGUUCAUACAAAGUUGAUUCUUUUUUGUCCCGGGAAAGCAAAUGCAAAAAUUCCAAAUCCAAUUUCCAAUCUCAUCAACUCUUUAACGGAUUCAAUCUUCAUUUCUUCUUCAGAUCCAAAUUACAGCCCCAGUAGCAGCAUCGGUUAACACAAUUCCUUGAAAGUUUUUCAAAAUUUUCCAUAAAUUUUCUUCCCAUUUCCCCCCUUAUUUCCUCCUCUUGAAAACUUCUUGUCUUGGUUUAGUCUUAGAAAAAUCCUACCUUUUUAUGGGGUUUUGAUAUAUCUGGGUUUUUCAAAUUCUGUGUUUUCAAUAUUUUACUUCAAAAACGGUUGUUUUGGUUUGUAAGAUUUUAGGGUUUUUAUAAAAACCCUAACCUACCAAAUCUUCAUUUCAUGGUUUUCUUUAAAUGGGUAUUGAGUUUUUAGGGGUUGAAGUUUGUAAAUUUCAUCAAUGGGUGCUUUAGCAAGUAAUAGGAAACGCGGUGGUGAUGAGUAUUUCAAUUCCAAUUUCAAUCACAAAAACAAAGCCUCAUAUUCAAAUUCCCCAGAUUCUCAACUUUCUAAAAAACCCAGAUUUUCUUUGAUGAAUCAAAGCCCAGAAAAAGUAAUUUUAUCCUCCAACAACACGGUUUUGAGAAUCUCUCGUUACCCAGAAGCUAAGUCUCCUUUUCCUAGAGAAGUUCAUGCCCCUGUUAGACACCUUAAAUUUGUGUUAUCAGCUUCAAAUCAUAAUCAGGAUUCUGUAAAAAGCUCUAUGGGGAGUUUUCUGAGUCGUAGAUUAAGUGAUGCAAAAAGGCAAGCUUUGGGUGCUUUGAGGUACCUUAAGAAGGAAAAAGAAGUGAUUUUUGUGGAGGAUGAUGAGGAGAAAGGAAAAGAGGUGGUUUCUGAUGAUUUUAGUGUUGAAGAGAUUGAGGUUAUUGAAAAAGGGAAGAAUAAUGUGGAAGAGGAAGAGAGGCAUGUCCAACCAUCAUCUUCAUCUGCGGUAACUGAGUUGUAUAACGGGAGUUCGAGAGUGGAGAGUGCGUUGGAUAUGUUGUCAUUGAGGGAGGUUUCCAAUGUUACUGAUUUAGAAGCUUAUAAGAAGUUGCUGAUGAGUGCAGAGAGGAGAACAUCCAAGUUGAAAGAUUUGAAUUUUCAGAUUGAGUUGAAUGAGAAGCGUAUCACUGGACUUCAAGCAUUGCGACCUGAGAAGAAACCGGAGGAGGAACAAGAAGAGGCGAUACCUCGUGAACCUUUUAUCCUUCUUACGGAGGAGGAGAUGGCUGAGGUUUCCCAUGCUUUUUCUGCAAAGAACUGGAAGAAGAUAUUGGUCUCUCAUGAGAACUCAAGCAUUGAUAUUAGAGGAGAAGUUUUGCAAUGUCUGAAACCAAGCGCAUGGUUGAAUGAUGAGGUCAUUAAUCUAUAUCUUGAAUUACUGAAAGAAAGGGAAAACAGAGAGCCAAAUAAGUUUCUGAAAUGUCAUUUCUUCAACACCUUCUUCUAUAAGAAGUUAGUGAGUCCAGAGAGUGGCUAUAACUAUAAAGCUGUCAAAAGAUGGACUUCACAAAGGAAGUUGGGGUAUUACCUAUUAGACUGUGAUAAAAUAUUUGUCCCCAUACACAAAGAAAUACAUUGGUGCUUGGCAGUUAUCAAUAAGAAAGAUCAGAAGUUCCAGUAUCUUGAUUCACUAAAAGGAAGAGAUGCUAAAGUGCUGAGAGCAUUGGCAAAAUACUUUGUUGAAGAAGUGAGGGACAAGAGUGGAAAGGACAUCGAUGUAAGUUCUUGGGAACAAGAAUAUGUUGAAGACCUUCCCGCACAGGAGAAUGGGUUUGACUGUGGCAUGUUUAUGUUAAAAUAUAUCGACUUUUAUAGCAGAGGCUUAAGUCUUUGUUUUGACCAGGAACACAUGCCCUAUUUUCGAUCAAGGACAGCCAAGGAAAUUCUGAGAUUGAAAGCCGAUUGAUUAAAAGUGUGAACUCACCUGCACUGAUAACGUAUCUGCAAUUUUAAGAUCUUUGGGGUUUUUUUUUUUUUUUUGAUAUGUAUAGAUAUGCCUGCUCGUCUAAACUACUGAGAAGGCUUUUACUAGGAAUUGGAACGGUGUGUCAGAGUUUUCUUCUGAUCAGAUUAUCAAUGUAAUGACUUGGCGAAGUACGCCACUAGCGUACAAGGCGUAAUUAGUUGCUUUAAGUGUAAAUGCAAGGCAUGAGAUGUAGGGCAGCAGAACUUUCUGAAGACAGGGUUUUGUUUGUAUCUUUUCCAUAUACCAUGAAAAGGUCUCUCCUUUUACUUCAAACAUCUUCCCAUCUCUCUUUUGAAUCAGUUGUGCCUGGCUUUUUAUUUGCAGCUUUUGAGCUUCUCCCAAUGGUAGUGAUAUGUCUUUUUAUAUAUAUAGAAAAGAGGUCUAGGCCUAACGGAAUUUGGGGUAUCAAAAGGUCAAUCAUAUUGUGAUCCUGCGUCUAAUACCUUAUCUUUUUUGGAGUAGGAUAUGCUUUCUGUCUUCCCUCUGCCCUUUCCAUUUGCUUUAUAUUUUCCUGGUGCCAAAUCUUUCUACUUUUCACCUUGGAUCAUAAAAUUACAACUCAGAUUCAACCUGGAGGUGGCAAUUGGGUAGGGCUGAUUUGUAACGUCAGAGUGAGUUAUUUCGGGUUCGAAGGAAAUUAAAAAUAUUUUUAAAUUUGGGUUUGGAUCAUAUAGAUUUACA